AUGACAUCGGAGCACCUCUUCCUUUUCGAGGCCGGUGCUGUUCCCCUGCCCCCUCUUGGGCCCGAUGGUCGCUACUCGCAGACCCCCGAGGAACUUCUCUCCUUCGCCCUCUCCUUCUGUGCCGAAUCCAGCGCUGACGAUAUUGAAAUAGAGCAGUCAGAUGAUAAGGAGUCGACCGAGCUGAAAAGGCUCCCGAGCCAGCUCGACAUAUCAAGCAAGAUUCUGCAGUGGGUGCAAGGCGUUAAAAUCCUUGCCCCAGUGGCCGUAGUUUUCGUCGUCUGGGUCUUCAAGUACUCGCCCGAACUUUGGGCCACAAGGGCCGUAAACCCCUGGAAUUGGGGCAGGAACUGGGCCAAGGCCAAGAAGGCCAAGGCCGAAGCCAAUGGCAUCACCGAUGUAGAGCUCGGUGUCUUGGGGGCCGAAAUGGCCAACAGCAAGCUGUUGAGGAUGGCUGAGAGGAUGGAUCGGAUGAAUGAGCGGAUCACCUCCAACCAGGAGGAUGCCGAGAAGAAAAUAAGCGACAUCAUAGUCCGCACGGAGGAGCUGGAGAGACCCCGCGCCGGGCCUUUUGACGGCAGUGUCCGUCACCGAGGAGGGUUCCGCCGGCUCACUCCAUCUCCGCGAAAGUUCGCGGGUCAGCACGACCCUGAGGUGCCCAAGGACCAGUAA